AACAAAAAUAUUCGUUGAGGUUUAAAAUUUCAGACAUUCGUAUAAUUGUUGUCGGUUUAAACUGUUGAAAAUAAACUAUUUAUAAUGGGUGAAAAUGUUGAAGCCCAUGCAAGUGAUAUGGAAAUUAAUAAUUCUGAAAUAACAUUUGACAAUCUAACUAUACUGAAAGAGUUUGGUAACAUUGUGAAUCUUGUAAGAAACGAAGACUUCCUAGAGACUGUGCCUAAAGCAAAACUAAAGCGUGUGAAAUGGAUACCCAUGUUUAAUUGUUUGAAACAAGGCAUUCUUGACGAAAUGAUUCAGGAACUGAGUUCUAUGUGGGAGUAUGAAAAUAUGCCGCAGAAACUUGACAUACUUGAAAAACAAAAAGAAAAGUUCAUGGAUAUGGACACGGACAAGGUUUUAUGGAGACCACAACUGGGAGAUGUAAAAGCUCAAUUAAGAGCUAAUGAUGUUGCUUGUUUGAAAAAGCAAAAAGUCCUAUUAGAAUCGCUAGCCAAGGAAUAUGAAGCUAGAGUUAACAGGAUUAAGAAAAUUUUGACAGCCAAGCGAGGAUACUUAAAAGCCUUACAGUUGGAUAUACAAAAGUACCAGAGAAGAAAUGAGGACCUUGUCAUAAAACUCAAUGAUAAAUUAGACAAUCACCACAAUUUAAUAAAAACAAAUCUUGCAGAUAAAAUAGACAUUGAGGACAUAAACUGGAAAGAAAAAGACAUGGAUUUUAAUGAAAUAAAUUCAUCUUGAUAUUAUUUGAAUAAAAUUUAUAUUUCAGAAAAUUGUACACACCUGAGAAAAAGUACAACAAAAUUUAUAAUAAGUUAUAUAAUUUGAAACUCAAUUGCUCUCGAAACUUAUCUUUCUCUAAGUGUAGAUGAAAAUAGAGUAAAAUUUUAAAUAUUAAGUGACACUGAGAGUAAAUUACAUAAGUCCUAAUUUUGCUGCUAUCUGUAC